AUGCUGGCUCCUAAGCAAUAUUCUGCACCGACGGGUGUAUCUGCGUCUCAGACACCGACUGCAUACCACGUCAACUCGUCCCAAAGACCCGCGACGGCCACAAGAGUUCAGGAUGGAAUGGGUUUUGCCAGCCCAACGAAGUCGGAGCUUUCGGAGGGACAAGAGGAUUAUGGAUCGGUCCGGACGUGGGACGAGAAACGAGUGGUCGCCUGGCUUCACAGCAUCAAAUGCGGGCAGUAUGAAUCGAUAUUCAGAGCCAACAACUUCAAUGGUGACAAUCUACUCGAAUGCGACCAAAAGAUCCUACAAGAGAUGGGAAUCAAGAAGGUUGGUGACCGAGUGCGCAUCUUCGUCGCCAUCAAGCAGCUCAGAGCCAAAUCUGGAACGACGUCACGACAGAAAAACAUGGAUACCUUAGCUGCGCUCGAAGCCACGGCGCUUUCAAACUCCUCCCGCUAUUCCCACUCCCGCCUACCAUACCGACGCACAUCUCAGCUGGCUGAUGAUGGCUAUCUGAACAGCAAAUCGCUAUCACAGCCUGCGUCCCCACCAGCCGGUGAUUCUGAAAGAGGACCAUGGCGCAAGGAGUAUCUGAAUCAUCCCUCUUCGGGUGGCUCAAGUUCUGGCCGAAACCCCGGUACUCCAAACGAAGGUCGACCAAGCUCUCAUCCCCGAAAUCCCAGCCUUGACGGUCUCACAAUGGGUCCCCUCCCGUCAAACUCUCCCGUCAUUCGUGUCAUCUACACCGGUGGGCAAACCAAGGUCUUGGAUAUUCGGAACUGCAGGACACCGGAUGAAGUUAUCUUGUGUGUGCUGAAGAAAUUACAGCUCCCAGAGCAUCAGUACAGAAAUUAUUGUUUCUAUGUAUUGGAUGGAUUGGAUCCAGAGCUUUCGAAUUGUAGAAAGCUCACUGAACCGGAGCUAAUGGAGAUCUGCGAUGGAUACAACAAGUCCGAGCGAGGUCGAUUAAUUUUACGAAAGAUUCAUGCUGGAGAACCCGAUCAAGACGAGCUUCGUCGUGCCUCUCAGCUUGCAUAUGACGAGAGCCAGGCUACACAUCAGCAUGCUCUGAAUAAUUCCAACCAGCGCCAGAAACAUAAGAUCCAGCAACUCACUGGCGAAUCCUGGCAUAAUAUUAAACAGCCGCUUUCUCCGUUGGGUCCUCGGCAUCGCCCGUCUACCUCGAGUGUUGACGAAGCGCAGUCACCGAACAGUGAACGUAACCCGGUGGCCAAACUCCGCUCGUUCUUUGGACAGAGACCUCCAAGUGAGAUGAUCAUCCACGAACUACAGUCAUUCUUCCCAAGUCACGACCGAGAAAAUAUCGAGAAGACUAUGCGCAGAUCUCAACGUUUGAGUCGUGCCGCAAGUCGUAUGAGUGUUGUGAGCAAUUACAGUGUUGCAUCAAGUAUGAAAGAUGCGCCUCCGCUGCCGCCGUUACCCCAGUUACCCCCAAUUCCCAGUAUUGCCGAUGCAUGGCUUCAUGGCGCUGGAGUGGCACAGGCAGUACGAGUCCCACGACCCAUAUCUGUUUCCAAGUUCAACCUCCCUCAGGCCUCCUAUCGAGAUUCUAUUGCAUCUAGUUCCCUCCAGCCCCUUCAGGAAGAGUCACCCACUGAGCCGAACCGAAAAUCAUAUGUAUCCUUUGAAAGCGGCUCUGAUGAACCGAGUCUCUCGCGCCAGUCGCGCCAGAGCUUCGAGAGUCUCAGUGUUGCUGCCACAGAUGGCGGUUCUUUCAAUGAUCGGAUGAGCAUGAUUGUGGCCGAGGAUGGCGAAGAAGAGGAUGAUGGUCUUGUCGACUUCCUGGCCGGAAAUAACUUUGCACCUAAGAAUUGGAUGAAGGGUUCUUUGAUCGGUGAGGGUUCUUUCGGAAGUGUUUUCCUCGCUCUUCAUGCCAUCACUGGAGAGCUUAUGGCCGUCAAGCAAGUUGAGAUCCCAUCUGCCACAAAGGGUACGGAGUUCGACCAGCGGAAGAACCUCAUGGUCAAUGCUCUCAAACAUGAGAUUGAGCUGUUGCAAGGGAUGUCACACCCGAACAUUGUGCAGUACCUUGGCACCGUCGCCGAUGACCAGUAUCUCAAUAUUUUCCUGGAGUAUGUGCCCGGUGGUUCCAUUGCCACAAUGCUGAAGCAAUACAACACCUUCCAAGAGCCGCUUGUCAAGAACUUCGUCCGACAAAUUCUGGCUGGCCUGUCAUACCUCCACAGUCGGGACAUCAUCCACCGCGACAUCAAGGGUGCCAACAUUCUUGUCGACAACAAGGGUGGUGUUAAGAUCUCCGAUUUCGGUAUCUCUAAGCGUGUCGAAGCCUCUCACCUCCUCGGUGCUCGCGCCAGUGGCAGCGCCAGCACUCACAUCCACCGCACCUCCCUCCAGGGAAGUGUAUACUGGAUGGCACCCGAGGUCGUCCGACAGACCGCGCAUACCAAGAAAGCAGAUAUCUGGAGUUUGGGUUGUCUUGUCGUUGAGAUGUUCAUUGGCGCACACCCCUUCCCAGACUGUAGCCAGCUGCAAGCCAUCUUCGCUAUUGGCAGUAACAAGGCUCGUCCCCCUGCUCCAGACCAUGUGAGCCAGGAAGCUGUGGAUUUCCUCGACAUGACAUUCCACCUGGAGUAUGAGCAGCGGCCCAGUGCCGAUGAAUUGCUCAAGUGCGAGUUCUUGGCUGCACCUAUCGUAUAA